UGAACAUUUACUUGGGUGUUCACAAGUUGUUGAGACUCCGAGCUGUGCGGUUAUAACACAACCAAAAGUCAAUUUUCCUUCUUUUGAAAACACACUUCUUUUUUUCUCUCCCACCCACCACCCCCCCGUCUCUUGUGACAAUAACACAAUUUUAUCAGUGGUGACGUUCUGUGACUCAUUGUUGUGUUUUUUUUUCAAACAAAAUUCACUGUGUGCGCGUGGAUCAAAAAAAUUAUUUCUCCGUUAAAUAAUCGCGCAGCUGUGCGGAGUUUUUUCUUUUUAAUUCCUCGUUUCAGAACCAAAGUGAAGUUAGUUACAGUUUCUCGAACGAAGAGAAGAGACCUCGUGGUUUCAAAGUGUGUGUGUUGCCUCGUGCUCUAAUCGGCACCGGGGGGCCGUGACCAAAAAGACAUCGUUAUUAUGUAUUUAUAAAUACAUAUUUCUGAAUAUUAUGUAAGAAUUGCAAAAUUUCUUACACAAGUGGAAAGUUCAAAAAAUCGGAAAAACUGUGGUCAAAUUGGGUGAAAAGUUGCCAAUUUGAAAAAAAUAGUGGGGAACAAUUGACAGUGGGAGAAUUGUGAGACAAAAAUCGCCAAUUGGGACCAUUUGUCAAUAUUUGACACUAGGGGAGAAAAUAAGUGUUUUUCGGCCGGCAAAGUGAAAAAUUCCGCAUCGAUGGUGCGGAGUCUGACGAUGGAGCCAACCUUCUAUGACGACGCAGACAUUUACGACAAUACAAAUCGUGAGAAUCUCAAGAGAAACCUCACCCUGGACUUGAACGGUCAUCAUCGUCAGGGUCCCCAGGUGAAGAGACCACGACUUGGCCCCCUGGGACCUUCGCUCCACAACAUGGCACCACUUCUCAGUUCACCCGAUCUCAAUAUGCUGAAACUCGGCUCACCCGAAUUGGAGAAAUUAAUAAUCGCCCAGCAAGAUGGCCUAGUCACGACAAUGCCAACGCCAACGACACAAAUUCUAUUCCCAAAAACUGUCACCGAAGCUCAGGAACUUUAUGCCCGAGGCUUCGUCGAUGCACUCAAUGAAUUACAUCAUUCGGACAGUUCACAGGAGCCGGGCAGUAUUCAUGGGGCAACGUACACUACACUCGAACCUCCGGGCAGUGUACAAAGUACGGAUACAUCGAUAAGUCAGGGUUUAAUGCAUCUCAAGGAGGAACCACAAACUGUGCCCAGUGUUUCGAGUUCACCGCCAAUGUCGCCCAUUGAUAUGGAGAAUCAGGAGAAAAUUAAAUUGGAGAGGAAACGACAGAGAAAUCGUGUCGCAGCUUCGAAAUGUCGACGACGUAAACUCGAGAGGAUCUCGAGGCUCGAGGACAAGGUUAAAUUGCUCAAGGGCGAGAAUACCGAACUCAGCGCAAUGGUUCACAGGCUCAAGGAGCACGUGUGUCGUCUCAAGGAACAGGUCAUGGACCACGUGCAUUCUGGUUGUCAAAUAAUGCAAAAUGUUCCCGGACAAUUUUAAGGGAGUCAAUGAUACAAUGACUUUUUUUUUAUGCUUCGAACUUUUUUUGUGACAAUUUGAAUACUUUCUUGUGUUUCGAAAAUAGGUCCCAAAACCUUGAUACAAAAAAACGUUUUGUUUCGACAGUAAUUCGUCCAUUCGGAACUACUGCGAUAAAUUCGAAACAAUUUCGUCAAAUUCGAAACUAUUUGGAACCAAUUUCUCCAAAUUCGAAACUACUUCGUCAAAAAUUCGAACCAACAUCGACGAAUUCGAAACUACUUCGUCAAAAUUCGAACCAACAUUGACGAAUUCGAAUCUAUUUCGGUCCAAAUUCGAAACCAUUUUCACCAAUUCGAAAAAUCCCCCCUUCCCCCUUUUUUCGUCAUUUUAACGAAAAAAAAAUGGUUUUGUUGCCUAAAACCAUCUUGUCAGUGGGGAAAAAAAAUUUUGUUGCCUAAACCCCCAUCUUGUCAGUGGGGAAAAAAAAAUUCAAGUGGUCGAAGUGCAAAAAAAGAACGAGGACUACGUGACUGUUAUAAUUUUUUUUUUUGCGGCAGACGUGGCCGUCGUGUGACGUCUGCGUCGAAGGUCAUCACCCAGAGAAAAACGUGUGAUGGCGGCCAUUUUGGAGAACGAACGAGUUUUUUAUUUUAAUUCUGUGCAAGAAAAACUCGUGUGGGUGCUGCAAAAAAAUCUUCUGGAUACGUCCCGAAUUUUUAUUAUACUAUUAUCAUUAUUAUUAGUUUUUAUUUUUGAUAAUAAUAUUUGUUAUUAUACGAAUGGGAAGUUUUUUUGGACAAAAAAAUGAAAAAUAACACACAUCUUCCGUCAUUGUCGUUUCAACGCAGAACUCCGUUUCGUCAUUUGUGCAUCUAGUCUUGUCCAGUAUGAUGUCUACAUUAUUACGAACAUUUAUAUUUUAAUUGAUCGUUCGUGGACCUGAUUACAGGGUAAAAAAUCCAAUGUUUAUUUUCUAUUGUUAAAGAAUUAUUUUUUUUAACGUAUUUCAAAAAUACGUUUCAAUUUUUUUAAAAAUUAAAAAUUUUGGAAAUUAAA